UACUUCCAAAGUGAGUUCGCAUCGUCGUCGGACUUCCUCCUCCAGCGGCGCUGAGCACCGAGGCAUGCCGAGAAUACUACUCGAGCCGCAGUCGUCCGGCCACUUAUCUCCAACUCGCACUUUCUUUUCUACACUCCGACAGGAGUGAAAUGCUGUUUGAGUUUUGCUGCCUGAAGCUAUUGGCUGCCGGCGCGGCUGCCGCUGUUGCGAUUGUGGUUGCGAUCGCUCUUUACGCCAAAGUUACUUGUGGAGUUUGCACCAGCAGCAAAAACAUGAAGGGCAAAACGGUCAUCAUAACAGGUGCAACCUCAGGAAUUGGUAAAGAGGCAGCAAAGGAUUUGGCCAAACGAGGCGCCAGACUGAUUCUGGCCUGUCGGACUGUCAGCGCAGCCGAGGAAGUCAAAGCCGAGAUCAGCAAAGAGACCGGAAAUAAUGACAUCGAAGUGCGACGCCUGGAUUUGGGCUCUUUUGAUUCGGUGCGGGAAUUUGCAAAAGGAAUUUUGGCAAGUGAGAAACGCCUCGACGUGUUGAUUCACAACGCUGGCUGCGCAGACACAUUCAACAAAAAAGUUUCUCCAGACGGAAUUGAGCUGACCUUGGCCACAAACCACUACGGCCCAUUCCUUCUGACCCACCUUCUUAUCGAUCUGCUGAAGAAAUCAAAACCAAGCCGAAUUGUGGUCGUCGCCUCCAGCCUGUACGUCAUCAAGCACCUGACCCUGGACGAGGUCAAUUUGGUCGAUGGUCUGCCUGCGUUGAUGUACUAUCGUUCCAAGUUUGCCAACAUAGCGUUCACCCUUGAAUUGGCCCGCAAACUCGAAGGAACAGGCGUGACCGCUAACUGUCUGCAUCCCGGUCUAGUGGACACUGGUAUUUGGCGCAGCGUCCCGUUCCCAAUGAACCUCGGCCUUAAAGUUAUCAUCAAAGGAUUUUUCAAGACACCUAAAGAAGGUGCCCAGACCACGAUUCAUUUGGCAGCCUCCAAGGAAGUUGAGGGUGUUUCCGGCAAAUACUUUUCAGACUGCAAGGAAAGUUCUUUGAAUGCAGCAGUCCAAGACCGAGAUUUUGCAAAGAAGUUCUGGGAAAUCAGCGAGAAGAUGGUCAAACUUCAGGCCGAAGACCCGAAAAUCUAAAAUACUCAUUGCUCAAGUCGCUCAAGUUUUUUUACACAUGCAAAUUAAUGAAUAAACUUUUUCACGUUUUUUUACAACUGCCAACAGUAUAACAGCCUCUUUAUUAUUAUUAACUUUUCUGUCAUUCUUGGUAAUUAGGUUAACAUUCUGAGCGUUGUUGCGACUAGACUCAAGUGUUUAUAAAUAAAGUAAAAGAAACUUAACUGUAGAAUACUGUCUGAGGUUGUUCGUGCGCCAGGCAAGAUUUUCUUUCAUUCUUUGGAUUUGUAGAGGCUUUUGUAUAGUACCAACAAUUAAUGACUACUUUGAAUUAUUUCGAGGGAGAGAGAAGAUUCGAAGA